AUGGAGAAGCGCUUCAUGCUCGUGGGCACCCUGGAGGAGGCUGAGUACAACGGAGUGGAACUGGAACCAUGGACAGGUGAGCUGGACGAGAUAGCGAGCGCUGAUGGUAGAACAUCGAGCUGGUCCUCCGCCGUCCCAACGGCUCAUUCUAUCCACCAUCCUACCUCAUAUCUGUCAUGUGUCACGAGGUGGGUUGUCCGGUGUUGCCAGCACAUGAACCACGGCAAGGAGUUUCAGCAGACGUUGCUAGGAUGCAGAAUCAGGGGAACUACGGUGACGAGGUUGAAGGACGGGGCGCUGCUCGGCGCAGAGGGUUUGAGUGCGUUUCCGCAGCAGUCUGCCGCUAACCAGCAGAACCAACCGAGAUUCCCGAGUAUCUCUGCGGUGUCAGUCACAGUGAUGCUCGGAAGGCAACACGACCUCGUGGUCGAGGUCCUCGAAGCAGCCGCGCUCCUGGUCUCGUCAAAGGCGAAGCUUCUCACCGAUCCGGGCGCCAGACCGAGUACCGUCGCAAAGCCGGUCGUCGCAACAAUGCCGACAUGGGCGAAGGAGGAAGUCGCCUGGAUGGUAGACGAGGUGGGUUCUCAUGACGUUUCAAGGGCUGACAGGCAGAGAUUACAAAGGAAGACCGUGCACGACGGAAAGAGCGGGUCGAUCAACUCGUGGAGAGAUAUGUCCGUGACGGCUACAAGCUGUCAACUGCAAGGACCAAGGCAAACAAGCAGUUUGACGAAGAAAACCCUUGGUUCAAGCAGGGGAGCUCGCAUGGCAAACACAGAACUUCGCGCCGAGGCUGCCGAACGGCGCCUUGCGGCGCUCAACCCUAAGGAGGAGGCUGAUGAGGAGGAAGAAGAUGAGCUAGUCUCUAAGGAAGACGAAAAGCCGACGAUCUUCUUCGACGAUAGCGACAAUUCCGACGAUGACGACAUUGAGGUAAUUGAUCCUCACCUCUCAGUCAAGGAGCGGAAAAGACAGCUCGAGUCUGAGAUGACUUCUGAUGAGCGCAGUGGGCUAAAGAGCGAUUGGUGGCAGGAGUUUAAGGAUCUUCUGAGCCCUGACGCAGGUCGCCCAUCAACGUCUCGGCAAACACCAUUCUGGGAGCAGGACAGCAGCGAAGAUAACACCGACGUCUACGUUCCUCCCUCUUCGUCAGCCGCGAAACGUAAGGCUGAGGCGGACUCGAGAUCUUCUCGGAGUCCGAAAAAAGCAGCGGUUACGGCAACUCCGACCCCCGACUUCAGCGCAGCCAAUAUUGUUCGUGAAGAACGCCUCAGGGCACUGGGGCUUUCGGCAACAUCAUCAGGAAGCACUGCCCGUACCCUCGGAGGGAGCGGCGAGGGUUGGGGGCGCACAAGCGGUGCCGCCUCCAGGACUACCCUCAAUGACGUCGGACGUUCAUCCAAGCCUCUGUCGCCCAGCAACAUCAAAACCGUCAAGCUUGAAAGCGGCGCCCAAGGAUGGCAGUGCCAUGCCUGCACCUAUAUCAAUCAUGCCGACCAGGGGCGGUGUGCAGCCAGGCGUAGUGCUUCAGCACAAAUGACAGACGCCGCUGUCGGACUGGAGCUGGCGUGCGCAACCGAUGCCGCGCCAGUGAAUACGUAG